GAAAAAGACAAAAAAGCGAGACAUAAAUCGAAAGAAAUUAGAAGACGAUUCCAUCGAAUCAAUGGCGGAAGAGAAGAGCUUCAAGUAUGUGAUCGUCGGAGGUGGUGUCGCCGCCGGAUAUGCGGCGAGAGAGUUCUCUAAGCAAGGUCUGAAACCUGGUGAACUUGCUAUCAUUUCCAGGGAACAAGUUCCUCCAUAUGAGCGUCCUGCACUUAGCAAGGGAUAUAUCAACCUCGAGAGUAAUAAUAAAAGAUCGAUUGGUUUUAGUUUUGUCCUUGCUCGGUUCUUAACUAUAUUGUUUUUCUCAUGGUACACAGAUAAAGCUACACUUCCCGGUUUCUAUGUCUGUGCUGGAAGUGGGGGAGAGAAACAGUUCCCUCAAUGGUACAAAGAGAACGGGAUUGAGCUGAUUCUGGACACAGAGAUUGUCAAAGCAGAUCUUGCUGCAAAAACUCUUGUUAGUGGCACCGGACAAGUCUUCAAGUACCAAACUUUGCUAGCUGCAACUGGUUCUUCUGUGACAAGGUUGUCAGAUUUUGGCGUCCAAGGUGCAGAUGCUAAGAAUAUAUUCUACCUAAGGGAACUUGAUGAUGCUGAUGAACUCGUGACUGCAAUGGACGUAAAGAAAAACGGAAAAGCUGUGGUUGUUGGUGGCGGUUACAUUGGUCUUGAGCUCAGUUCUGCUCUGAAGGUUAACAACCUCGAAGUUACCAUGGUUUAUCCAGAACCUUGGUGCAUGCCUCGGCUUUUCACUGCCGGCAUUGCUUCGUUCUACGAGGGUUACUACGCCAACAAGGGAAUCAACAUUGUGAAAGGCACCGUUGCGGCUGGUUUCAGCACAAACUCAAAUGGGGAGGUCGCUGAGGUGAAAUUGAAGGACGGAAGAACGCUAAAAGCUGAUAUAGUGAUCGUAGGUGUUGGUGCUAGACCUAUUAUAUCACUCUUCAAAGGGCAAGUUGAAGAGGAAAAAGGCGGUUUGAAGACUGAUGCAUUCUUCAAAACAAGCGUUCCGGAUGUAUACGCCAUUGGUGAUAUAGCCACAUUCCCAAUGAAACUCUACAAUGAAAUGAGACGUGUUGAACAUGUUGACCAUGCUCGCAAGUCCGCUGAACAGGCCGUUAAGGCAAUCAAGGCCGCAGAAGAAGGGAAAUCGAUUCCUGAAUAUGACUAUCUUCCAUACUUCUACUCUCGAGCCUUUGAUCUCUCAUGGCAAUUCUAUGGUGACAACGUUGGAGAAACCGUAAUGUUUGGAGAUAAUGACCCGAAAUCGCCUAAGCCGAAAUUCGGAAGCUACUGGAUUAAAGAAGGAAAAUUGAUUGGAGCGUUUUUGGAAGGUGGAACUCCUGAAGAGAACAAGGCAAUUGCUAAGGUCGCGCGAACACAGCCUUCAGUUGAGAGCCUUAACGUGUUGUCGAAGGAAGGACUUUCCUUCGCCACCAAAAUUUAAAAAGACCAAAUUGCUUCUAGAUUCUGACUUCUGUUAUGUGUUAGUGUGAGCUGUCUUGAGAUUGAGUGGCUUUUAUGUCAUUUUGCAACUUAAAAAAAUCCACAUUUAAGUUUUGGUUGUUUUGGUUGCUUGGAUUGUUUGGUUUAGAAAUAAACCCCAAUAAACUUAAAUAUAUUCGGUUGUAUGAGAAAGUUGUGUUAUUGAUUUGAAUUUUUUUUAUUUUUGUUUUGGA